AUGAAGGUCAAAUUGUGGACGGUUGGCCUUUUAACGGCUCUCCUUCUGCUCCUCUUCCUUUCCCUCGGCCUCUACUUCGGACUGCGAUCCAGAACGGAUGGACCUCGGACUGAAGAGGAACACAUCUACAAGAAUGGCGCUGUUGCUACGGAUGCUGGCCCUUGCUCCGAGAUUGGCCGGAACAUUCUCCAAAAAGGAGGGUCCGCCGUUGACGCCACCAUCGCAGCCCUACUUUGCACGGGGCUCAUGAAUUCGCAAAGUAAUGGGAUCGGUGGAGGGGUCAUCUUCACCAUCUUCACCACCGAUGGGAAAGCAGAAGUCAUCAACGCCAGAGAAGUGGCCCCCAAAAGAGCAUCUCGGGAUAUGUUUGGAAACAACACACAAUUGUCCUUGAAAGGAGGGCUAUCGGUCGCUGUUCCAGGCGAAAUCCGUGGUUACCAAAUGGCGCACCAACGUCAUGGCAAACUCCCUUGGAAGGAGUUGUUUCUUCCCAGUAUCAAACUAGCCAAGGAAGGAUUUCCCAUUGGGAAAGGACUGGGAGCAGCUCUGGCCUCCCGCAAAAUCUCCAUCGAAAGCAACCCAUCGCUCUGUGAAGUUUUCUGCAAAGAAGGGAAAGUCCUUCGGGAAAACGAGAUCCUCAAGUUUCCCAAAUUAGCUGUGACUUAUGAGACUCUUGCCAACGAGGGACCAGAUGCCUUUUACACAGGAAGUUUAGCCAAACAAAUUGUUUCGGAUGUCCAAGAAGCAGGAGGGAUCCUUUCCCUGGAAGAUCUGAGGGACUACCAAGUACUUCUGGAUGAAAACCCAUUGAACAUUACUCUCGGGGAGUUCACCAUGUUUACCCCUGGAGCCCCAUUGAGCGGAGCCGUCUUGGCCUUGAUCCUCAACAUCUUAAAAGGAUACAAUUUCACUUCUGAUGCUGUGGCAACCCUGGAGGCGAAGGGCCUGACCUCCCACCAGAUCUUGGAGGCCUUCCGCUUUGCUUUUGCCAAGAGGACCCUCCUGGGAGACCCCCGCUUUGUUGACGUCACCGGGGUGACACAGAACAUGACCUCGGAAUUGUUUGCGGAGAGCCUACGGGUCAAAAUCACCAACGUCACACACAAUAUCAGCUACUACGAGCCGGAAUACUACAUGCCAGAAAACGCUGGUACCUCUCAUGUCUCCGUCACAGCCGCUGAUGGCAGCGCCGUAUCCGCCACCAGCACAAUCAACCAAUAUUUUGGCUCUGAGGUCCGUUCCAAUGUGAGCGGGAUCAUCUUUAACGAUGAGAUGGAUGACUUCAGCUCCCCAUACCUUGUCAAUGGUUUUGGGGUGUCCCCCUCUGUCGCCAACUUCAUCUCCCCAGGGAAGCGUCCAUUUUCCUCGAUGUGUCCGACCAUAUUGGUGGACAAGGAAAACCAGGUCAAGAUGGUGGUUGGCGCCUCCGGAGGUACUAAAAUCACCACCGCCACUGCAUUGGCGAUCAUGAACUCGUUAUGGUUGGGAUACGACGUGAAGGGCGCUGUGGAAGAACCCCGUUUUCACAACCAACUCUUGCCGCCAGUCACUGUCUUGGAGGAAGUGGUGUCAAAGGGUCUGGAAGACGAGCUAAGGAAAAGGAAACACGAAAUCACCCGAACUCAACGCGGAGCGGUGGUGCAGGCCAUCUUGCGGACGAAACAUGGGUGGGCCGCAGCCUCGGAUUCCCGGAAAGGCGGAUACCCAGCAGGAUAUUAAUUAAUAUUUCACCUCAUUUGCAUAAUUUGUCAUAUUGGAAAUUACUAUCGGACAAGCGUGCUCAGCAGCAAAUGUGAGCGACCGUCUGUUAUCCUCGAAUUUCCCAGAAAGAGGAGCAACUAUUCAUAGUAACCCAUCCUCCAACUCAUAGGCAUAUAAUCAGCAUUCCAUUUUUUAUGAGUCCUAUUGGAAUUUACUUUCGGACUCAUAAGUGUUACUUAAUGACAAGUGCGAACGAUGAUCUCUCACCCCCAAAACCCAAAUGGGACCCUCGUUUUACAUCUCAUUUGCAUAUAAUGAAUGCACCGUUUUUUUUACGACUUGUGUGGGAAAUUGAUUUUGGACUCAUAAAUAAUUAGCAUACUUCAUGGUGAAUGCGGGC